CACUCUCAGCCAGCAAUUGCCUGGCGCAGUUGUAUAGCUCCCCCCAUAUAGCGGGGGCAGCAGGACAGAACUCGGCGAGCCCCUCGCGUCGGUCUUCUUCUACUCUCUUAAAAUUUUUUCCUUCUCCUCCACAGAAGCUGAACUCCUCUUCUCGCCAAGCUCGAAUCUUUCUCACCCUCUUUUAAUAUGGCCAAAGGACCCGUUAAGUACUUUUUCGUUGACGCGUUCACGGACUCGGCUUUCAAGGGGAACCCGGCCGCCGUUUGUUUAUUGGAGGAGGAGAGAGACGAGGAAUGGUUGCAAUCAUUAGCUGCUGAGUUCAACAUCCCAGUGACUUGUUACUUGACUCGGAUUACUGACCCGGAAUGUGCAACUCCUAGGUUUCGUCUCAGAUGGUUCACUCCGGUGGCUGAGCUUAAACUCUGCGGUCAUGCAACAUUAGCAUCUGCACAUGCUCUCUUUAGAACUGGUUUGGUGAAUUCUGACAUAAUUGAAUUCGACACACUGGCUGGAAUUCUGACAGCUAAAAAGGUUCCUGAUGUCAAGGCAACUGAUGCCUCCUCGAAGAUUGAGACUGGUGGGGCACAUGAAGGCUUUCUGAUAGAAUUGAAUUUUCCUGCAAUUCCCACCACUGAAUGCAAUUCUGCAGAGGUUUCGGCAGUUACAGAAGCCUUGAAUGGUGCUUCACUGAUUGAUAUCAAGAAGGCAACUGCUUCAGAUGACCUCUUUGCAUUGCUCCUCCAGAGUCCGGAUUUGAUUUCAUUAGCCAAGUCUUCUUCCCAAGGGAAGGAUCCUGUUUGUGGGAGUGCACAUUGUGUCUUGACACCAUACUGGAGCCAAAAGCAAGGGAAGUGCGACUUCAUUGCUUGUGAGGCAUCACCUAGAGGGGGAAUCAUAAACAUUCAUUUGGACAAACAUAACCGGAGAGUGGUUCUGAGGGGAAAAACUGUCACUGUGAUGGAAGGUUGCCUUCUAUUUUACAUAUGGGGUUUAAUGUCAUUCUCAAUGUAUGUAGGAUUGAGCUAAAAUAAAUCGCAAUGAUAAUUGGAAUGAUUAUUGGCUUUACUUGUAUGUGUUGUUUGGAAUGAUUACUAUCUCUUUCUUGGAUGUGUUGUUUUCUCAUUACAUGUAUUUGCUGUCACUAGAUGAGUCUUUUGUUUAUUAUAUCGCAUUCACAUGUAAACCAAACAAAUUCUAAACUUAGUAAAUCCAGAAUUGCUCU